AUGAACCACCUCCUCAUCAACAAGACCAAGGAGAUGAACCAUCUCCUCAUCAACAAGACCAAGGAGAUGAACCACCUCCUCAUCAACAAGACCAAGGAGAUGGACCACCUCAUCAACAAGACCAAGGAGAUGAACCACCUCCUCAUCAACAAGACCAAGGAGAUGAACCACCUCCUCAUCAACAAGACCAAGGAGAUGAACCACCUCCUCAUCAACAAGACCAAGGAGAUGAACCACCUCCUCAUCAACAAGACCAAGGAGAUGAACCACCUCCUCAUUAACAAGACCAAGGAGAUGAACCACCUCCUCAUCAACAACAAGACCAAGGAGAUGAACCACCUUCUCAUCAACAAGACCAAGGAAAUGAACCACCUCCUCAUCAACAAGACCAAGGAGAUGAACCACCUCCUCAUCAACAAGACCAAGGAGAUGAACCACCUCCUCAUCAACAAGACCAAAGAGAUGAACCACCUCCUCAUCAACAAGACCAAAGAGAUGAACCACCUCCUCAUCAACAAGACCAAGGAAAUGAACCACCUCCUCAUCAAAAAGACCAAAGAGAUGAACCACCUCCUCAUCAACAAGACCAAAGAGAUGAACCACCUCCUCAUCAACAAGACCAAAGAGAUGAACCACCUCCUCAUCAACAAGACCAAAGAGAUGAACCACCUCCUCAUCAACAAGACCAAAGAGAUGAACCACCUCCUCAUCAACAAGACCAAAGAGAUGAACCACCUCCUCAUCAACAAGACUAAAGAGAUGAACCACCUCCUCAUCAACAAGACCCAAGAGAUGAACCACCUCCUCAUCAACGCGGGGAAGACCAAGGAGAGAGUGGAUUUCCGUAGACGAGUGGAGCAGGGUGGUGGCCUGGGUAGGGCAGGGGGGGGAGAGGGGGCGACUUCUUGGGGGUUGUGGGAACAGACCAAAGCUGUAGCAGUUUGGCUGCAGGUUCCGGCAGAACUGUGA